AUGUCAUAUUAUCCACCGCAAGAUUCGGUGCCCUCACCAUCACCUUCUCCCUCACCGUCCACCGCUUCACCCAUGCCUCUCGCUGAUAACGAGAACGAUGGCGCUGGCAGCGGCGCUGCUUCUCCCAGUCUUCCACUCACCAUGUCCGCGUCCGUUGUACUGGCUGAUAUUCCCCGAGAUGCGAGUGCUGCACUUGCGACUGCAGGGAGUUUCCAGACGGACAAGAUCGUCGUGCGGUUCAAGCCCGUUGGGUCAGCUCCAUCGUUGGCGCAAGAUGUAUGCAAGAUCAGCUCGACAAAACGGUUUGAAGCGGUUGUGAUAUAUCUGAGGAAGAAGUUAAGGUGUAAAGAGACAGAUAGUGUCUUCUUGUACAUAAAUAGUGCAUUUGCGCCUUCUCUAGAUGAAAUCGUCGGCAACCUGCAGCAGGUAAAUAUUGCGCCUAUUGCAUGGCCUACCUGUGCUUCAAAAACUCCCACGGUCAACUAG